AUAAAAAGUGGGGGAGAGGGCAGGAGCAGAGCUGGGCACUCGAGGGUGCGAGGCGACAGGACGAUGGCCGUGGCUGUGCGCCGGUGAGGCAUCCGGGGGACCAUGAAGGCCAAUGGCAGCGCGCUGCUCAAUGCCUCUCAGCCCGCGCCAGGGAGCGGGGAGGGAGAACGACCGCGGCCGUCGUGGCUGGCCUCUACACUGGCCUUCAUCCUCAUCUUCACCAUUGUGGUGGACAUCCUGGGCAACCUGCUGGUCAUCCUGUCUGUGUACCGCAACAAGAAGCUCAGGAACUCAGGGAACAUAUUUGUGGUGAGUUUAGCGGUUGCAGACCUCGUGGUGGCUAUCUACCCAUACCCCUUGGUGCUGACAUCUAUAUUUAACAAUGGAUGGAAUCUGGGAUACCUGCACUGUCAAAUCAGUGGGUUUCUAAUGGGUUUGAGUGUCAUCGGCUCAAUAUUCAACAUCACCGGCAUCGCCAUUAACCGCUACUGCUACAUCUGUCACAGUCUCAAGUAUGACAAACUAUACACCAACAAGAAUUCCCUCUGCUAUGUGUUCCUGAUAUGGAUGUUGACUCUUGUAGCCAUCAUGCCCAACCUGCAGACUGGAACUCUCCAGUACGAUCCCCGGAUCUACUCCUGUACCUUCACCCAGUCCGUCAGCUCGGCGUACACGAUAGCAGUGGUGGUUUUCCACUUCAUAGUGCCUAUGAUUAUCGUCAUCUUCUGCUACUUGAGAAUAUGGAUCCUGGUUCUUCAGGUCAGACAGAGGGUGAAACCCGACAGCAAGCCCAAACUGAAGCCCCAGGACUUCAGGAACUUUGUCACCAUGUUUGUAGUUUUUGUACUCUUUGCCAUUUGCUGGGCGCCACUCAACUUCAUAGGUCUCAUUGUGGCUUCAGACCCUGUCACCAUGGUCCCCAGGAUCCCAGAGUGGCUGUUUGUGGCCAGUUACUACUUGGCAUAUUUCAACAGCUGCCUCAAUGCGAUUAUAUAUGGACUACUGAACCAAAAUUUCAGAAAGGAAUAUAAAAGAAUUAUCAUCUCCUUGUGCACAGCCAAGAUGUUUUUUGUGGACAACUCAAACGUUGCAGCAAAUAAGAUUAAAUGCAAGCCCUCUCCACUCAUAACCAAUAAUAAUUUAAUAAAGGUGGACUCUGUUUAAAAAGCCAGUGCGCUAGUAGGCUACCGACAGCGGUUGGGGUGCUGGGGAGGGGGAGUAUCUUACUGCUUUCUGUGCUUGCUUUCUCUUGUCUAGAAAUCAGUCUAGCGCAACUUGAAGCUCUUUAGGGUUGCAUCUGUAGUGCUGGAGCGGACUUGCUGUCUGCUCUAUAACCAUACCUCUAGUUCGGCUUAUCGGAGGGAAUACUGACCAUGUAACAGCCAUAUGUCAAGUGAACAAUGUGUGUCAG